UUUACGUUGCUAGUAGUCAGCUGACUGACUGGUUAAAUCAGAAGUAGCACUUGGCUAAUCGUUAAUGCUAACCAGCUAACGUUAGCUAACUAACAUCCUCGACCAUGAGCUCACUAAGCUACUCUCCUGAUAAAGAAGAGGAGGUCUGCUGGACGGAGAAAGAUGUUCUCGUGAAAGAGGAGGAGGAAGAGGAGGCUGUCACAGUAAAACAAGAAGUAGAGGACGAGGCUGUUACAGUGAAAGAAGAAGAGAAAGACCUUACAGUGAAAGAGGAGCAGCAGGCUGCAGUGUUUGGAGUGAAAGAGGAGGAGGGGAAGUUGACGGUCACAGUGGAAGAAGUGUUUGGAGUUAAGGAAGAAGGGGAGAUUACUGUCACAUUGGAUGCGGAAGAGGGAGAAUUAGAGAAGACUGGAAAUCUGAUUGACACCAGAGAGAGACCAGACACUCACUCUGACAGCGGGAAGAGUCCUUCAGGGGAACCAGACCCAGAGACGCCCAAACCAGCAAGACAGCAUCACUGCUCCCACUGUGGAAAGAGUUUUACCUGGUUAGGGUACCUAAAACAGCAUGAGAGAACACACACAGGAGAAAAGCCUUUCCAAUGUUCCCAGUGUGGAAAGAGUUUUACCGUGUUAGUCAACCUGAAAAGGCAUGAGAAACUACACUCUGGAGAAAAGCCUUAUCACUGUUCCCAGUGUGGAAAAAGUUUUACCCGGUUAGGACACUUAAAAGAGCAUGAGAGGACACACACAGGAGAAAAGCCCUACCACUGCUCCCAAUGCGAAAAGAGAUUUUCACGAUCAGGGGAUCUAAAAAGUCAUGAGAGGACACACACAGGAGAAAAGCCUUACCAAUGUUCUCAGUGUGAGAAGAGUUUCACCCAGGUAGGGAACCUGAAAAUACAUAACAGAAUACACUCUGGAGAGAAGCCGUACCAUUGCUCCCAAUGUGGAAAGAGUUUUACCUGGUUAGGGAGUCUGAAUUCGCACGAGUGGACACACAGAGGAGAGAUGCCUUACCACUGCUCCCAAUGUGAAAAGCGUUUUAGCCAGUUGGAGCACCUGAAAUCACACGAAAGAACACAUUCAGGAGAGAAGCCUUUCCACUGCUCUCAUUGUGGAAAAACAUUUUCCCAGUCAGAGGACCUGAAAUCCCAUGAGAGAAUAGAGAGGCUGUGUUCUGACUUGUGUUUUUGACUGGAAAUGUUGUGUGUUUUGAAAUCAUAUUGUUUAUAUGAAACCAAAAUAGGCCUACUCUUGUUUUUUUUUUAAAUCCCGAGACAUGAUCGAUGAAAAAUAUCUCUGUCUGGGUAGGCUGGGUGGAAGGUAACCCAGUGGGUAUGUCUGAGUAGAAUGGUGAGAGGUAACCCAAUGGGUAUGUCUGGGUAGAAUGGUGGGAGGUAACCCAAUGGGUAUGUCUGGGUAGAAUGGUGGGAGGUAACCCAAUGGGUAUGUCUGGGUAGAAUGGUGGGAGGUAACCCAAUGGGUAUGUCUGGGUAGAAUGGUGAGAGGUAACCCAAUGGGUAUGUCUGAGUAGAAUGGUGAGAGGUAACCCAAUGGGUAUGUCUGGGUAGAAUGGUGGGAGGUAACCCAAUGGGGAUGUCUGGGUAGAAUGGUGAGAGGUAACCCAAUGGGUAUGUCUGGGUAGAAUGGUGGGAGGUAACCCAAUGGGUAUGUCUGGGUAGAAUGGUGAGAGGUAACCCAAUGGGUAUGUCUGGGUAGAAUGGUGGGAGGUAACCCAAUGGGUAUGUCUGGGUAGCCUUUUGUCCUUUUGUUAAAACAGGUUUGGCUUCAUUGGUGGAUAGAUGAUUGUAGAUGCAAGGAUGGUUUUCCUAGGUUAUCGAAAGGAAACUAAAGCAGUGUCAAACAAGGCAUAUCUACAUGGGCAUUACAUGAAAUACACUUCAACAAAGUUCCAAAUCUAUAUAUUUACAUUUACAUUACAUUUAAGUCAUUUAGCAGACGCUCUUAUCCAGAGCGACUUACAAAUUGGUGCAUUCACCUUAUGACAUCCAGUGGAACAGUCACUUUACAAUAGUGCAUCUAAAUCUUAAAGGGGAGGGGGGGUGAGAAGGAUUACUUAUCCUAUCCUAGGUAUUCCUAUAUAUAUAUAUAUAUACACACACAAUAUGAAUCAACACUUGGUAAGGUUUGUAGCAGUAAAUAUUUUGGCAGUUACAGUGCCUUGCGAAAGUAUUCGGACCCCUUGAACUUUGCGACCUUUUGCCACA